UGAGAUGUACUGAAAGAGAGAGAUGAGCGGGUGCUGUCCCUGCCCACAGAACCGGAGUCGGGUCACGCAGUCUUGCCCCGGAUGCUGCUGUCGCUGCGGGGGGUCUGUUCUUCUGGGUCCAGCGACGCGAUCUGGUUACAAUCUGUAUCUCACACACAGGAAACAUGAUGACUGCUUACAGUCCGCGGCGGCCGCGCGGGCAAACUAAUACCCGCUGAAAUCCCAUCGGCUGGUUUUAAUAUUUAACGAGCGUUUCCAGAGUUUGGUUCCCAUGAAAAACAAACAUCUUCACAGUUUUCCUCUACGUUUCCUGUAGGCUCCUCCACAAGUCCAGCACUGUGGGAUUAUCUGGGUCAUUUUCCUUUGCAAGGUUGUGGACCAAGUCACAUAUCCACGAGCCGUCAUGUACGUGAAUUCACCCGCACCGGAGAACGUCUCGCUGUCUCUGACCUUCCUCGGGAAGAAAAUCCGCAACGUCUCCGUCGCCCCGGCCACGAAACAGCGUGCCUGGGAGACCGCUGCCCUGCCCUCUGAUUCCGAUGUUUCCAUGGCGACCGGCCGUAAGGCAGGCCGCUCCCACAACUCAACCACGUUCCUGGAGGAGUUGCCAGGGAGUGUCCCAGACCUGAGGGAGGAGGUUCAGCGACGUCAGCCCUGCCCGGUCCACAAAACCCACCUGGACAGAGACAGUGUCCCAGCUCUCUGUGAGGGGAAAGACUCCUGGUUAAAUAAGAGCAGAACCAAGUGGACGGCCUUUACGCAGUGGGUCAAAGCGGGUCGGAGAAAGAACGCCAUCGCAGGAGCAAGAGAAGAUACCCAUCCGGCUGGCGCAGGGCAAAGAGACUGGGAGGAGGAAGGCUCGAACGAUGUGAAGAUAUUCAUCCCCUACGACUCUGCCAAGCUGUGCAUCACACAGAUAGCCGAAGACAUGCAGCUAAUGAGGAACAGGCAUCUGGAAAUGGUCCAGGAGCUGGAGGAGAAUUUCCAGAUGGCUUCCCAACAGAACCAGGAGAAAACCAUACAGAAGAUUAGAAUGCACUACCAAAACAAACUCAAUACCUUAAAAAGAGUGCUGGACACCUACCAGGAAAGAGUGGAGGAGAAAAAUGUCUAUAUGGAAGAGAGACUGAAGACACUGAAAGACCAGAACCAGAAGCACAUAGAGGAGAAGAUCAACCUCCUGGACAAGAUCAAAGCAGAGGCUACUCAUUGGGACAAAGAGAAGAACAAGAUUCUAGAUCUGUUUUCCUCCAAGCUAGACCUCCUACACAGCCACCAGGCAUCCACCUUGCAGGAGCUGCAGAUCACUCGACUAGAACUAGGAAAGGUUCAGGAGAUGCUGAAGCCUGCUGAGGCUGAGGAACAGCCCCCUCUCGUGGAGAGCAGUGGUACAGAUCUAGACAACACUGCGGAAAAUCCAAUGAGAUCAGGAACCGAAAGAGCUGCACAGACUCAAGGGGCUGCUGGUGGCAAACUGCCUCUAGAGGGCGCCAAAGCCCGGCUAGAGGUCCUGAAGGAGAGCUUGUACAAACGAGAGCGGGAAAUCACGCAGCUUCUGCAGGGGGACACAGACAGCAGCGGGCUGGAGGGGGAACCAAACCAACCCCCCACAACACGGCUGGGGUGCUCAGCCCUGCUCAACGCUCUCGUGCAUAAGGCGCACUGCGUUUAUGUGGAAGUAGCAGAGGCGAAGCUCCUGGUGGACUCCAUGGUUGAGGAGAACCAGCUGGCGCUGGAGCGAGCCAGGGAAUUCCUGGAGCGACCGCAGACGACCCCGCCGGAACACGGAAGCGCUGAAGAGGGAACCCCGAUGGUCGAGCGCUGCAGGGGCGACGAGAACCAGGAGCACCAAGCCGAUCUUCAGACGUCCCAGAUGACACUGCAGAAAGUUGAAAUCAUUCAAACCGCUCUGGAGUGCAUCAGAAAGGGAACCAGGCCUGGACUGGACAGCGCCUGGGAAAUCUGCCACAGCUGUGCUGAGCCAGGACCAGAACCGGACCAGGACAACCUCCAAGGUCUCGAUGGGGCUGUAAGACACAGCGAGUAUUUCACUGCAGAGAGAGUGAAAUCUGUGGGUCAACAGCUUCUGCAGGUACAGGCGGAGUUACAGCAGGUCAGAGACGAGAACAAGAGGAUCAUUGAAAACUACAACUCAGAGCGAAUCAUGAGGAAAAAAUACUACAACAUGGUGGAGGACAUGAAAGGCAAAAUCCGAGUGUUCUGCCGCAUACGGCCCAUGGGCAGAACGGAGACCGCCGGCGGGAGCAGAGCGGCGGUCGACUGCGUGGACGAGUACUCCGUCGCCGUGGAAACCCCGCGGGGCUGGAAAGAGUUCCAGUUCGACAGAGUUUUCGGCACGGCCAGCUCGCAGGAAGAGGUCUUCCAGGACACAAGCAGGUUGAUCCAGUCAGCGAUGGAUGGAUUUAACGUCUGCAUCUUCGCGUACGGGCAGACGGGCUCGGGGAAGACCUUCACCAUGGUGGGCGACAAAGACCUACGGAGUCCUGGCAUCAUGCCCAGAACUUUCCGGAAGAUAUUCGAUCUCAUCCAAGAGAAUGCGGCCAAGUUUGAUUUCAAGGUCUCGGCCUACAUGCUGGAGCUUUACAACGAGCGCCUGCUGGACCUCUUAGUCAAGCCUGAAUACACAAAACACACAAACAUUUGUAAACUGGGCGUAUACUUAUUUCCAGAGAUGAAUGUGGAGAGCUCUCGCUCUCACCUGAUCAUCGGGAUCACUGUCGAGAGCACCAACCUGACCAAUGGGAGCGUGAGCUAUGGGAAGCUGAGUCUGGUAGACCUGGCGGGGAGCGAGCGGGCAGCCAAGACAGGAGCCAAAGACGAUCAGCUGAAGGAAGCCAAUUCUAUCAACAAGUCCCUGAGCGCUCUGGGAGACGUGAUCUUCGCCCUGUCCUCGGAGCAGCCCCACGUACCGUACCGGAACAACAAGCUGACGCAGGUCAUGCAGGACUCCCUGGGGGGAAACGCCAAGACGCUCAUGUUCGUCAACGUGUCCCCGUCCGACUGCAACGCCGAGGAGACUCUCACGUCCCUCACAUACGCAACACGGGUCAAAGCCAUAACCAACAGUGCCCAGAAGAACCUGGAGAGCAAAGAGAUUACUCACCUCAAAGAGAUAAUCCUGAAGUUGAAAUCAGGGCAGCCUUUGGAGGAGGAAGUGUGAUUUCCUAACUCAACAGUCUGAUCAACGUUAUCAUUCUCCUAUACACGGAACAAAUGUUGAAUGUUGUUCAGAAGAGCUUUACUUUAUUAUUUGUUAUUUGGUUUGUUAAGUGCAUUAUGUCGCUAAACUGGUACGGAUGUGACUGAAGAUGAGAAUUUAUCAGCUGAUAUUUUGAAAUAUUUGUAUAUUCAAUUUAGACUAUGAUGAAAUAAAUGCAUUUUUAAUUG